UAGAGACCAUUACCUUUAACCUUGUCUAAAACCUUUGACCUCACAGUAAGUGUUUUGGUACUGACAAUAUCAAUGUUUGAAUCAGUGUUAUUUAGCCGGUAUAUGUAUUUUUAAAUGAUUUUGUCUAUAUGAAGUUCACAACAUAUUAUAACCACAUGAGCGAUCAAGUGAGUCGUGCGUAGAACCCUGUAUACAGUGUAUCGCUGUAUGAAGGAAUUAUAGAUGAUAUAUUGGGACAGCGCUGUGACAGAAUUUACAGUAACAUGGACAUAGACCCACAGAAACAUUGAUUACAGCUGGGCACUGCAUCAGUGUCCAAUAGCUCUGCCUCUUUGCCUAAACUGUGUUGGGAACAUCUAUGCCAUAUAAUUUGGCUGUUGUAGUGCUUACAUUGGAGAUGUACGUGUAGUAUAUUGGCUUUAGGCUAAGUGCUCUACAAACACAGAACAAGUGGAAUCUUUUGUGUGGUAGUUAGAGUGAAGGCGGACCUGUGGCUGGUGAACCUUCACACUAAACACUGGUGUAUGUCUCACAAGGCUGUACAUUGGAUGGAACAAACUCCAUCCUCUGUUGGUCCAUCUUAGCCAAGGUGUCAAAUCCUAAGGUCAUUAGAGGUCAAUAACCUUGGUGGUCCUGAUAGCUGUGAAAUAAUGGAUGAAUCCCACAGUAGGAGUUCUGAUGGUGGUCAAGGGAUCACCAAUCAGGGAGUGGACAUUGAGGACUACCUACACCCCCAAGGUCAAGACACUGUCAAGAUGACCUCUGUCCAACCCAACAAACCACAUGCAGUGCCUGGUCUUAGAUACACAAAGAACACACCAAAGACCAACCGUUUUGAUUCAGGUGUGGCUGACCUUGAUGACAUACAUGUAUCUCCAGAUCAUUCUCGCCGGCUAACAGCCAAUGGCAAACAGCGUCCUGCCAGUACUGUCAAAAAUUACGACUAUGCUGACUACGAGGGUCACCAGUAUGAAGAACUCCCUCAUCCAAAGGCUGAAGGAGGAAGACAGACCUCACCAGAAUCCUGUUCAGAGUACCAGUCUUCAGCAGGCACUACCAUUACUGCAGAAACACCGUCAGAGUCGGGGGACACGGCAGCUAUUGUACGCAAUUCAGACCAGAGGAAGCGGUAUAACCCUCUCUAUGACACCAUGAUCAGUUCCUCUCCCAAUAUCUACAAUAAAGUCAAGGCCGCCCAGCCAGACAAGGCUUUACAAGAAAGGAUGAGGAUGAUGAAGAUCAUUGUCAUUUUCCUUAUCCUCAUCUCCUGUCUCUCUCUCGCCAUCAGCCUCUACAUUGUAAUCGCCUUCGUAGCAGCUCCACAUACGAUACAAAGUCUACAAAAGGAAUUAAAUAGCCUCCAUAAUAACUACUCAGAUCUCAAUCAGAAGCUACAGUUUCUAGAGAAUGUCAUGUCUGGUAAUACCUCCUUUGAGUAUCUGGAGGAGCUUGGUCAGCAAGUGUCAGAUCUGAAGACAGAAACGUCCACAAAGCUACUCACUUUAGAACAGAAUUUACAGGAAACAAAAGCCUUGCUUCAACACAACCAGAAAAAUAUAGACAAUGUUUAUGGAAACGCAUCCCUGCAGAUCAACGCCACUCAACAUGAUCUAUUAGAAUUCCAAUCUAACUUCACCUCUUAUUUGACAAUUAUACAGAGUGAUUUUGAAGACAAACUCAACAUUAUUUCAAAAAUGCCCGGUCCACAGGGUCCACCUGGUGUCGGGAAUCUGUCUGCAUGCUACAUGAAGAACUUUGAUGCCUUAUCCUCAUCCCAGACUAGUCAAACAGAUACACAGUGGGAGCCAGGUCCAGACGUGUUAAAGACGAAUGUAGUAAUGUUUGCAAUGUGUGGGGUUGAAAAUGGUGUUGACCGUUACCUAGAAGUCCGACAGUCCAGUGCAGGCGCUAACAUGUUCCAGUACCGGUGUUUGUGUUCAGGAAAAAGCUCCAGUAGCACAACCAGGACCUGUAUCACACAUAUGUGGCUCUGUCCGCGGGAAAGUUUCGGGGGCAGUUGAAGGGGUUACACAAUUGUUAGAAAAUACCGGGUGAGAUUCUUGUACAGAUUUGUUGUGUCAAAUCUCUUGUACUAUAAACAUAUAUAUAAUGUAUGUGUUCAAGUGCAAAUAAACACAGUGCCCUAACACUGUGAUAAAAUCCAUUUUCACAUUCCUCUGUGUCAGCAUAACAGUGUAUACUGAUACAAGUUGUUCAUGAUGUAUAAAUAAGGAUGAGACCAGGGUAUCAGAAUUAACUCUGUUCAGUCAACCUGCCUCCAGUUUCAUCAAUAUUUCUAAUUUUAAGGCAACCUUAAUUCAAAAUGUUCAGAAAUUACAGAAAUCAAGGAAAGUUUUAAGCUUAUAAAUAUUGUGAAACUGGGGUAUGUUCAGUCAAUGAACGAUUUAAUCUUGUCAAGUCCUACACAAAGGCAGUGGUUCCAGUCUCUGUAGUGUUAUCUUACAACAAAGGACAUGGCAGGCUGUGUCUGUGGGAGUGUUAUCCAAGCCUCUGUCUGACAUGACAGGCUGUGUCUGUGGGAGUGUUAUUCAAGUCUCUGUCUGACAUGACAGACUGUGUCUGUGACAGUGUUAUCCAAGCCUCUGUCUGACAUGACAGGCUAUGUCUGUGACAUUGUUAUCCAAGCCUCUGUCUGACAUGGCAGGCUGUGUCUGUGACAGUGUUAUCCAAGCCUCUGUCUGACAUGGCAGGCUGUGUCUGUGGGAGUGUUAUCCAAGCCUCUGUCUGACAUGGCAGGCUGUGUCUGUGGGAGUGUUAUCCAAGCCUCUGUCUGACAUGACAGGCUAUGUCUGUGGUAGUGUUAUCCCAGCCUCUGUCUGACAUGACAGGCUGUGUCUGUGACAUUGUUAUCCCAGCCUCUGUCUGACAUGACAGGCUAUGUCUGUGGUAGUGUUAUCCCAGCCUCUGUCUGACAUGACAGACUGUGUCUGUGACAUUGUUAUCCAAGCCUCCAUCUGACAUAACAGACUGUGUCUGUAGCAGUGUUAUCCCAGCCUCUGUCUGACAUGACAGGCUGUGUCUGUGGGAGUGUUGUCCAAGCCUCCAUCUGACAUGACAGGCUGUGUCUGUGACAGUGUUAUCCAAGCCUCCAUCUGACAUGACAGGCUGUGUCUGUGACAGUGUUAUCCAAGCCUCUGUCUGACAUGACAGGCUGUGUCUGUGGUAGUGUUAUCCAAGCCUCCAUCUGACAUGACAGGCUGUGUCUGUGACAGUGUUGUCCCAGCCUCCAUCUGACAUGACAGGCUAUGUCUGUGACAGUGUUGUCCAAGCCUCCAUCUGACAUGACAGGCUGUGUCAGUGACAGUGUUAUCCAAGCCUCCAUCUGACAUGACAGACUGUGUCUGUGACAGCGUUUUCCAAGCCUCUGUCUGACAGGCUGUGUCUGUGACAGUGUUAUCCCAGCCUCCAUCUGACAUAACAGGCUGUGUCUGUGACAGCGUUAUCCAAGCCUCCAUCUGACAUAACAGGCUAUGUCUGUGACAGUGUUAUCCCAGCCUCCAUCUGACAUAACAGGCUGUGUCUGUGACAGCGUUUUCCAAGCCUCCAUCUGACAUAACAGGCUGUGUCAGUGACAGUGUUAUCCAAGCCUCCAUCUGACAUGACAGACUGUGUCUGUGGUAGUGUUAUCCAAGCCUCCAUCUGACAUAACAGGCUGUGUCUGUGACAGUGUUGUCCCAGCCUCCAUCUGACAUGACAGGCUAUGUCUGUGACAGUGUUGUCCAAGCCUCCAUCUGACAUGACAGGCUAUGUCUGUGACAGUGUUGUCCCAGCCUCCAUCUGACAUGACAGGCUAUGUCUGUGACAGUGUUGUCCAAGCCUCCAUCUGACAUGACAGGCUGUGUCUGUGACAGUGUUAUCCAAGCCUCCAUCUGACAUGACAGGCUGUGUCUGUGACAGUGUUAUCCAAGCCUCUGUCUGACAUGACAGGCUGUGUCUGUGGUAGUGUUAUCCAAGCCUCUGUCUGACAUGACAGACUGUGUCUGUGGCAGUUUUAUUCCAGCCUCUGUCUGACAUGACAGGCUGUGUCUGUGGUAGUGUUAUCCAAGCCUCUAUCUGACAUGACAGGCUGUGUCUGUGGUAGUGAUAUCCCAGCCUCCAUCUGACAUGGCAGGCUGUGUCUGUGACAUUGUUAUCCCAGCCUCCAUCUGACAUGGCAGGCUGUAUCUGUGACAUUGUUAUCCCAGCCUCCAUCUGACAUGACAGGCUAUGUCUGUGACAGCGUUCUCCCAGCCUCCAUCUGACAUGACAGGCUGUGUCUGUGGUAGUGUUAUCCCAGCCUCUAUCUGACAUGACAGGCUAUGUCUAUGACAGCGUUAUCCAAGCCUCUGUCUGACAUAACAGACUGAGUCUGUGGCAGUUUUAUUCCAGCCUCUGUCUGACAUGACAAGCUGUGUCUGUGACAGUGUUAUCCCAGCCUCCAUCUGAAUACAUCUUGUGCUGUCACAAACAAUGGCUGAAAUUUCCAAAUACUGAGUUCUGUAUCAUUGAAUUCUAUUUUGUGAAGGUUCAAAACAAAAUAAAAUCUGAAUUUAUAGUAAUUAUAUAUAAUGACAGUUAAUAAAUGGCUACAUUUGUAACAUUCCAUUUUGUGUGACACUUCCAUUAGAUGUUACUUCCAUUGUCAAAAUAUUAUAUAAACAAUUAAUUCCAUCUGUAUAUGCUGGGUAAAAAUGAUGAAUGAUUUUGGUUGUUACAGAAUUUUUAUUUUGAAAUGUACAGACAUAUAUAGUGUAAAUAUAACCUGUUUACUGGAUGAUUAAUUUUGCUCAAGGUCAUCAGAAAAAUUGACCAUAAGGUCAUUGCAGAAUAGGAUCAAGGGCAUUGGGGAACCACGUACAAAAUUAGGGACAUGUACCUAUUUUCAGGUGUGCUAGUAAAACCGCAUAUCAAACAGCAGUGCUGUAUAGUGUUAUAUAAGGGUCCGGAUAUAUCUGACCACUGCUGGUCAGUGGUUACUGGACAUAUAUCUGUCUACUGGGUACUAUCAUGAUAGCAUACUUAUAUCUCUAGGGGCAUACAUGUACAACAUGUUGAAUUAGUGACAAGCAAUAAGUGUUGGAGGCAAAGAAUUUAUUUUAUCCACUUCUUAUUAGCCUGGACCAUCUUCUGCUCUCACUGAAAAAAUGUUACAUAUUAAGUUUCUCAUUGGUGCAUUUGAGUGAUUGUCCAUAAUUAGUUGUUUUCAUUCGCAUGUGUCUCGCUGGCCGAAAGUGAUUGCAGAAGAGGAACUAUAUAAUGAUUAUAUUGUAAACAGCACUUUGCUUUAUAACACACACUAUCUAUGCUUUAUAUAUGUAUGACAUUUAAAUACUUACUAUGUACAGUCAAACAGAAUGUGCAAUAUGUAGAACUGCUGUAGAUUUUUAUCAAGUAUUUUUCUAUAAGUCAUUGAUGAUGUGAAAGCUUGAUUUAUCUGGUUGUACUUUAAAAUACUUCAAUGUUUUACACUAAUUACUGUUAUGAUCUAUAUUUUCAAAGCAUACCUACAAAUUUAGUAUCUUGUUAAUCUGUAUUGUAAUUUAUUCAAAAUGCCAAUUUUCACAAAUUUGAAUAUUAAUUGAUAUUCAUAUGUCUUUAUAUGAUAAUUUGGAAUUCUGAUAUGUUACCAGUAUCAGACCUCAGUAAGAUUCUGUUAUUUAGGUCUGAGCUUGUAUUUAUUUUUUCAAUUUCACUGUUUUUGAAAAUAUAAAAAAAAAUCUAGUUAUUCUUGAUCUAAAUCUAUAAUUCCCAGCCUUACACUUUGACUGCUGUUUAUCGCCUUACUUAGAAUACUCAGGGUAUAACCACAUCAUAGUUCAGAUUUUUAUUGGGAAAAGUAAUCGCCAGUUCUUUUACAUAAACACUGUUUUGUGUUCAACAGUGUUACUUUACGGCUGUAAGGAGCUGCAAUAACCCAGUUGGUUAGAGCGGCAGCCACAUUACCUCCGGUGACAACCUGAGGUGAGUAGUUCCAAACACUGCGGCCACAUUACACAGGUGAAGACCUGAGGUGUGUGGUUCCAAACACUGCGGCCACAUUACACAGGUGACGACCUGAGGUGUGUGGUUCCAAACACUGCGGCCACAUUACACAGGUGAAGACCUGAGGUGUGUGGUUCCAAACACUGCGGCCACAUUACACAGGUGACGACCUGAGGUGUGUGGUUCCAAACACUGCGGCCACAUUACCUCAGGUGACGACCUGAAGUGUGUGGUUCCAAACACUGCGGCCACAUUACACAGGUGACGACCUGAGGUGUGUGGUUCCAAACACUGCGGCCACAUUACACAGGUGAAGACCUGAGGUGUGUGGUUCCAAACACUGCGGCCACAUUACCUCAGGUGACGACCUGAGGUGUGUCGUCACCUGAGGUGUGUGGUUCCCUACCCGUGUUGGUUUGUGUUUCUCUGGGAAGCUGAGGAAUGGGCUAGUCAAUGCUGUAAUGGUUUUGUCCGUGGGCAAGACCUCUUCCCUAAUUGCUCUGGAUGGAUACAACAUGCCUUCGGUAUGUUGUUCAGUAAGGUAGUCACCAGCUACUUCAAGGAUACUUGACCUCAAAUUGACCCUGGUAGUUCAUGGGAUGAUAAACCCAACAAAGAAAUUUACAUGUAUGUCUUUACAGAAAAAGACAUCAUCAUUAACUUGGGCAACAUUUGUCAAUUGUAUUUCAAACAAUUUUCCACAUUGUACAUUUUGUUAAAUUAUUUAUGCUUUUGGUGCUUAUUGUGAAUUAUUCAUCAGCCAAUAUUAUGUUAUGUGUUUGUAUAAUGUCUGCGUCAUACCACCAUUCAUCCACUUCACAGCAUUAAACAGAUACCCCUGAAAACGCAAGUGCUCAAUUUGGCCAGAAAGUCAUCUUUUCUGCAUUAUAUCGGGUAGGGAAUUUGCUUCAAUGUCAAUUAAUCAGUUGAUCAGAAUGAAAUUUUUUAGUUCAUUUAUUUCAUGAUGAUUAUGAAGCUUACAUUAGUUUGAUAUGCAUUCAUCAUAUAUUUACAUGUACUUUGUAUGCUUGAAUGGUAUGACAUGUUGGAAAUGCAAUUUAUGAAUUUGUGUGAGGUCUUCUGUUUCCUCACCGUCCAUCUAUCCACACGUCUUAUUGUCUAUCCUACCGGGCCCUGGUUUCAUUUACAUACCUUAACUUAAUGAAACUCCUGAAUUUAAAACUUCCACAGGAAACCAUUAUUGGAUUAAAGGAUAAAAAUCUAAGCUAUGGAACUUUCCUUAAGUUCUGUAAUGCUUUCCUUUGGUUAGAUUUAAGUUAAGGAAUUCCUGUAAAUUAAGGUACCGGGUAUGUUGAUUGGGCUAGAGGUGGUUGACUGAGUUUAUACAUCAUUCCUACAGAUAAUGAGCUGGAAUUUUGUAUGUGGAUUUGGUAAUGUUAUUACUGACAUAGUUUGUCCUCAGUAACUGUUUGAUAUGAGUUAUGGGCCUUUGAUCUUGCGGUGCUGGUAGACAGACAGACAGACAGACAUCUGGUGUCCCAGUUUACUGAUGAAGUGGUAAAGUUCUGUAAUGGAUUAUUUUAAAACUUCUCACAAUGAUUUUUACUUACACAAAAACCCUGGCCACCUAGGUGUGACAAGUAAAAACAGAGCAAUAUCUAUUUUCAUCAUAAAUAUUAUUCCAUCCUCUUUUGGAUACCACCUGUAUUAUGCAUAUUUCAUAUAUUCAACAUCAAAUACAAAAACAGCAGAUAUAGAGCUUGACGUAUUCCUCUACGUUCAAUUUGGCCUUUUCUUGUAAAUUUCCCUUCAGAAAUAUAAGCUGAGUAUCGUUAUAUGAUGCACAUGUCCAAUACUGUGUAUAUUCUGUGAUUGGUUUGUCCAAUACAGAACAUGUUCUUUGAGGGCAUGUCCACUACAGGGUAUGUUCUUUGAUGGGCGUUUCCACUGCAAAGCAUGCUAUUUGGUGGGCGUGACCACUGCAGGGCAUGCUAUUUGGUGGGCGUGUCCAUUGCCUGAUGGUGUUGUCCAGUGUGAUGGACAAACACAUGUUGAUUUGUCUUAUUGUUUGUUAUAUAUUAGUAUUACGUCAAACAACAAUGAUAAGAGUAUGUAUAUGAUACAUGUACGUUGUCUUUUGACAGUUUCCUCUGUGAUGAAAUGAAUUAAUAAAAACUAAGAAUCCAAUUGAA